AUGGGUGCUUGUUUGAGCAAAAAGAAGAAGACUUUACCUUCGGUUUCUUCUACUGAUGUACCUCCAGAUACCAGCUCCUGCAAUGGCGGCAAACCCAUCAUCCCAAUUUCUCAGCCGCCCACCACUGACCUGAAAAGCAAGAGUAGCAAGAAAACAGGGCAAGAAAAUGGUGAGUGGAAAGAAGAAAGAAGUGAGUACCCUGUGAAGAAGGAGGUUUUUGUGAUUAAGCACAGGAAGAGCCACGAUGGAAGGGACAAAAAUGGGGCUUCUCUUCUUGUUCCUCCUCCUGAAGAGGGUAAUGUGUCUUCUUCUUCCUGUGAAAUUUUGGAGUCUGGAGCUUUGGGUGAAAAUUUGAAGGUGGGUUUGGUGAGAACUUCGAGCUGUACUAAAGAGGAAGUUGAUGCCAUCUUGAUUCAGUGUGGAAGAUUGAGUCGGAGUUCAUCGGCUAAAGGCAAUGGAAGAAGGUACUCUGGUUCUAAGAGAAGCAAUGAUUUUGAUCAUUGUGGCAGAGAUGGUGUUGAUUCUGCCAAUUUUGGUGAUGAAGAUGAAGAUGGGAAGAAUCCCUUUUCUGUUGAGGUUGACGACGUUGGAACUCCGGCGGAGAAACGCCACCAUCUAAGGCAGGGCCACCGCCAGUCUUCUAGACACUCUUCCUCUCAAGGAAGGAGGAGAACCCCAAGUAGGGAGAGAGAUCAAAACCAACGGUCCAGCAGCAGAGAGAGGCGUGUUAGCCGGUCCCCUGGCCGACGGUCAGCGGAGCCCUCUGCAAUGAAUACUUCCAAUGCCAAUGCCAAUAACGGCGGUGGCGGUGGCGGUGGUCUCAGUCGACCAGCAAAAAUGGUUUCGGUCCCUGCAACAGUCUGUCACAUGGAAAUGGACAAGAGCAACAAUGUCACUGGUGGUUAUGGAGACAAUGAUUCGGCGACAGUGACUGCUGUUAAGAGGAUAUCAGUUAAAAGGAAUUUCGGCGAGGCGACUGCCAUGGCGGGUUCAAGGGUUGCUUCAUCGCCUCGUUCACAGUCUCCUGCUAGAAACAUGGAAAUUGUUAAAGCCGCGGACGAAAACCAGCAGCAGCAGCAGCCAUCUCUCAGCCGCAGCUCAUCAAGAAAAGCAGAGCAAUCUCCUUACAGAAGAAACCCAUUGAGUGAAAUUGAUACUAAUUCACAGCCACAUAAAAGGAUCAACAACAGAAGCAAAAAGGAAACGGAAGAAGUGAUUGCUAAGGAAUCCAUUAAUGGUGUCUACCAGAAGCCAAAAACUGAUUCCAAAAGUGGUCACAAAGUAACAGUUUCCCAAGUGAAUAGCAACAAAUCAGGCAGCGCAGCUACCAGAGCUGUUGUGAAUAUUAUAGCCUCCACAACACCAUUGUCAAACACAGAGGUGGUCGUGGUAGAGCAUCAGAAACCCCAGGGACUGGCAAGGAGCAGAUCUGCAAGGCAAUCAAGAGAAUUAGAUAUUAAUCCAGAAGCUUUGCUGAAUCAAAGUCAAACACCAUCUUACACCAAGAUGUUGCUUCAAGACAUUCAGAAUUUCCAUCAAAAGAAUGCCAACCCUGUUUCUCUUCCAGCUUGUGUAACCAAGGCCUGUUCCAUUGUUGAAGCAGUUGCUGAUCUCAAUUCAGCAACAGGUUCGAAUUUCUCCUGUGUUUUCUCUGAGGAUAGAAGCAAUCCACCAACAUAUCAAUCCAGUAGAAAUGAGCAUAGCGUACCUUACAGUGGCAAUCUGAAGGGCAUGGCUGAUAUUAGAGACCCUUUUGUUGAAUCAGAAGUUGCCAUGAAUGACGAUAUUCUGGAACCGAGCUUUCACAAGUACACGACUGUGAGAAGGGGCGGCAGCCCUGUCGUUGCUGCUCGAGGGGGAGAUACAGAUGAUCAGGAAUCCUCUGGUAGCAGCAGUUUUGUGGGCAGUGUUCAACAGCACCAUUGGGGCAUUUCAACUGACUCCUGGACAUCAAGACAGAACACCAAAGAGGAAGGCCAGCCACAUAAUGGCUCAGGGAGUAGUCUGCAAUCAAAACCAGGGCUCACCGGAGAUGAUAACAGGCGGAGAACAGCCGAAAGGAGGGAAUCCAAUUCCCAAAGAACUGGGAUUGGCCGUGGCAGACUCGGAGGCGGUACCGGUAAAGUUCUUCAUACAAUUCCUGUUGCAGCCACUGGCUCCACCUGAUUAGAAUUGUAUAGAUCUCCUCACCUCGGCCAUUUGCCUGUUUCUUUUUGUGUUGUUGUCUUUUUCCAUUCCUCAGCCUUCUGCAUUUUUAUUCAGUUGCAAACUUGCAACAAUUUCUCCUGUUCCUGUAUUCUUCCACUCAAUAUUAGCAGCGCAAAUUAUUUCAGUAAAUGUGUACUUUCCUU